GGCCGAUGAUGCUGGAUAAAAUGAAAGAGAAGAGUCCUUGUUGAAUAGAGGCGAAGGUGACGAAGGAUGAACGAGUUGGAGGGGAGAAAGAAAAAGGAAGAAAGCCAGUGGGAUCCAGAGCGAGAUCCACCAACAGUCCGAAGCCAGACAGAGCUUGCUCUUCUCCAGCUGUCUGCCUGUUUGCCUGUCUGCGCUCACUCACCCACCACUCACACUCACCCUCUCUCUUUCCCUCGGUCAGAACAGCUUUAUGCUUAAAGUUCUUUCAUUUUAACGUAGUUCAAAAAAU